AAUAGCUGCUGGCUGAGCUUAUCUGAAUCUACCUUUCCGCGAACUCAGUGUGUAUGGUCAGCACUGAGUUGUACAUACGCCUAUUUGCUAUCACACAUUUUCCUGAACUACACAGCGUGUAUCGUAAAAGAAUUCUGAUAAUAACAAGCUGCGGAACCGAGAAAUGACAUCCAACAUGAGGGAUACUAAUGUUAGUCAGAUUCAAGAUGAGGCAUCAUCGAUGGGUUGGGUUGCAGUAUUGACGAUGUGGACCAGGGGUGUUAUCCGAGUGGCGAUGCUCAAGGGACUAGGAAUGAUGCUGCCAACACUACAAGAUCAAUUUGGGACAACGACGUGGGCCAUUGGGUGGAUGACUUCACUGAUAGUCGCAGUGGGAGGUUUAGUUGCUCCUAUGGCAGGGUUACUUGGUAGACGAUUUGGAGCGGGAAAUGUUAUCAUGAUAUGCGGUGCGAUGAUUGGCAUUGCUUUCAUUGCUAGUUCCUUCGCAAAAACUUCAAUUCAGCUGACGAUGAUUUUAACGCUGUUAGCAGGUUCCCCUCUUAUUGUGCCUCUAGUGCUUACCAAAGAGGCUAUUGGUCGAUGCUACAACAAGAACCUUGCUAAAGCCAGCGGUAUCGCACGAACGGGUUCUUCCAUUGGAUUAGUCGUGGCCGCGCCUCUGAUCCAGAUAUCCCUCGACACGUUUGGGUGGAGAGGAACCAUGCUGUUGAUCGGUGGAGGGAUAAUGCAUCUUGUCCCCUGUGGUGUCCUCAUGAGGAAAAAUGGAACAACGCCGAACAACAGUUAUCAAGAGGUCCCCAAAGACGAGCCAGAAACAGCUCCUCCCUCUGCUUGUGCUGCAUGUUUGGAGAGCGUCUUCAAGAACUUUGAUUUGUCGCUUCUUCGCAAUUUCCAGUACUGGUCGGUGGCUGCCAUAUAUGUUUGUUUUAACUUUGCCUACGACAUGUGGGUGAUCUAUUUUGUGUCCCAAGCUCUAUCAAAAGGAUUCUCAUUAGAGGACGCAGCAGUUUUCGUCACCGUAGCGGGCGUAGGGAACCUGCUAGCAAAAGUGUCGCAGGGCUUCAUCAUAGACGCAGGGCUAAUAUCCUGCUGGGGUCUGAUGGUCAUAUGCAUCAUCGUCAGCUCGUUGGCGUUCUUUGUUACGCCUUGGCUGGCCUGGUAUUGGACGAUGAUGUUGACGGCGUUGCUGGUUGUCAUUUGCGAUGGUGUCUUGGCUUGUCUUCAUGACGUUCUUGCCAAACAGGUACUUGGAGUGGAAUUGUUGGCUGGUGCCUAUGGAUGGAUGGAUGUCAAAGCUACUAUGGCGAGGCUGUUCUUUGGCUUUAUUCCAGGUUGGAUUUACGACACUACCGGAAGUUACAACGCUGCAUUUAUUUUCUUAGGCUGUUUGCAGUUGGUGUGCAUGAUCCCGCUUGUCGUCCUCAAAUAUGUCCACUCCGUCAAGUGAGUGCUGAUCGUUCCAGCGUGUUUAACACCCUCCGUUAAAUAUAUUGUUCUCUAUCUGUAAGGUAUAAAUUCAAAAAUUGUAUAGCAUAUAGCUGAGUUAUUUUGUAGUGGUUCAUGAUAUUAGAAUAUUAGUAGGUCUACUGUUAACUUAGAAUUACUUAGCAUAGACGGAGGUAUAUUAACAACGUUUUGUUCAAUGUAAUAACACGCUUAUACAAAUUCAUAAUUUUUUGUGAAUUUAGUUUAAUUACACAAGGGUCUUUCGCAUUAUUUAUGCAUUCAAUUUCGUUUCCGUUUACACAUUAAUUUGUUAUAGUCAUGUACACUUUUCUAGCAAUACAAAAGUGAUUCUCUCUUGAACUAGACAUCGACUGAAAAAAAUCGGUCCACGAUGAAUGACAGUGACCGAUUGUGAGAAAACAGUUGUUGAAAAAAAAAACAAUUCGAAUAUCCCUUUCGCAUAUGCAUUUUCCAUUUUUAUGAAAAUGUUUUCCCACUUGUGCGGAAAGGUGUGAAAAAGUUUUCCCACUUUGGGAAAUUCUUUGUGAAAUGAAAAUGAAUUCCCUGGGAAGAGAAAAAGUAUGACGGGAAAUUCCCAUUCCCAGGUUCACUUCUAAUUGUACUUCACUGCUUAUUUUAUAUUCAUUAUUUUGUUAUUUAUACAACUAUGCGGACAGUUUGCAUUUCUGUUUCAAAGAGGAGUUGAUACCAAAUUGUACGUUUUACGAUGUAUGUUCUGCCUCGUUAGCAAGUUAAAACAAUCUUCGGUGGUUAUCAUGGAAGUUAAAAAGCAUAAUCAAACUAGACGCUGCAGAGUCUUUGAAAGUUUUACUUUUGAAAAAAAGAUCACUCCCCCCCAAAAAAA